ACUCUGAUAUAUGUAUGCAUUUAGUUUCACUGACUUCAGUGGGGACUACUCAUGUCUUGCCAAUUAAGUCUGAGCUCAAGUAUUUGCAGGAUUGGGGUCUAAAACUGAAAAAGCAGUAUUUCCCCCCUAAUUUCUCAAAUUUUAGGUGUUACUUCUAACCAUGGAAGGUUAAAAAUUCCCACUUAUCUCUUUUUUAAAGUUGAAGGCAUUUCUUUUAAAAGGCCCAAAAUAAAACCCUGAUAAGACUUAAACAUGUUCUGAAUAAGUAUUAUCCAUGCGACAUUGUUACAAUAACAACUACACCACUGGAUUACCCAGCAACAAUAGAGCCAGCAUGCUUAGUUUGUUUGUGUGCUUAUUACACCAUCCUUCAGUAGAAGGAUCUUCUCCCAAGGGCUAUGCAGAUAGCAUGGCAAGAUGAGGUAAACAAGCAUGCACAUGUGGGACAAAGCAAGGCCUUGAUUUCUCAAUCUCCAGUCACAGGAGUAUAUGGAUAUUUGUUACACAAAUUAUUCAUGUACAAAGAAUAACAUUUUAAGCCUAUCGGUCUUUAUGAUUCCUGGCAGCUUGUACAGAACCAGUUUAUGCUCAUCACAUUGAUUUCUGGAAUCACAGUAAAUGCCAAAAUAGAGAUUCAAGAGCGGAUGGCAAAUACAAUUGAGAGACUAGUAGAAGUAAAAUAUUCACGGUUUUUCACUGGAAAAAAAAAAAUCAGUUGCUUUCCUAUCGACUAGUGGCUUCUGUUUGGUUUGCAUGUGGGAUAUGAGAUGCCAAACUUCAACAACUGGCAAGAAGUCUCAAGAAGACAGAGGACAGGAUGGACAGCCAGCAGUUAAAGCAAGCGAUGAUAUUCUUGCUUUUGCCUUCUCCUCAUCAGGAGGCUAUUUUGCUUUGACUGAUGACAACAAACGUCUGGUUCUUUUUCGUACUAAGCCUUGCUGGGAAUGCCUUAGUGUCAGGUCUGUUGUUAGAAGAUGCACGUCUCUGAUUAUUACAGCUGCAGAGGAUAAGAUUCUGGUUGCAGACAAGUCUGGUGAUGUCUAUUCUUAUUCAAUAACAGAACCGCAAAAAGCUGGAAAGAUUGAGCUUGGGCACUUGUCCCUGCUCUUGGAUGUGGCGCUGAGUCCUGAUGACCAGUAUAUCCUAACUGCGGACAGAGAUGAGAAGAUUCGAGUCAGUUUGACUAGAGCGCCACAUAACAUCAUAUCUUUCUGUCUUGGGCACAGAGAGUUUGUAAGCAGAAUAUUUGUAAUACCAAACCAUCCAGAUCUUAUGCUAUCAGCUUCUGGGGAUUGUACUCUGAGGCUUUGGGAAUACAAAAGUGGGAAAGAAGUGCACUGCUGUCAUCUAAACAGUUUGAAUAAGACUGAGGCAACCAAAAAUGACAAGAAAUACGCCGUGUCGAGAAUAGCCUAUUGUUGUCAAGGAAAUUACAUUGCCAUUUUAUGUGACUGCAUUCCCACAGUUUACGUCUUCCAGUUUGAUGCUGCUACCCAGCUGUUAAAUUACAGACACCAAAUCUCUUUGAAGCAUAAAGGCUGGGACAUUGCAUUUGAGGAAACAGGUGGGCUGUGGAUACUGCAGGAAGACGAAGAAGCAUCACUUCUACUCUACCGGCCUGUGGAUGGACAUUGGCAGCCUGUUGCUGAUGACAGAGGAUUAAUGAAAAUGUCAAAAUACCUGCAUGACAACUGGACAAUGUUCGAAGGUUCUGUUGGGACAGAAAGUUGCUACAGCAGUCUUUACAAGGCCUCAUUCGACAACAUGGCUAUUUAUCUACAAAAGAAAGAGGAAAGACUACAGCAGCAGCAGAAGAAGAAAAGAAAAGAGCUGCAGCAUGAAUCUAAUAGACAAACUAAAAAGAUCAGAACAAGAGACUCAUCCUAACCAUUAACUACACCAUUUGCUUGUAACUUCUACAACACUGAAAGAAACCGAUCUAGGCCCUGAACUUUUUUUUUUUUUUUUUUUUUUUUUAAGCAAAGUGAAUGACUGACAAACAUCAGCAUUCAGUUUGCAUGUCAGAUAGGGAAUGGCUUUAAUGAAUCAGGUUAAUUUUCUUGUAAUGACAAUAUCCUGCUUGCAACAGAUAUUGUAUUUACUGUAUAUAUUGUUCCUUGCCAUUUGUUCUAUCCCAGCAGUUGGAAAACUUAGUGCUGGUAAUGCAGUUUUAGUAAUCUGAAGCACAUUAUCUUCAUAUUGAGAUCGUGCUUUACUUGGAGAAUGGGAUUUCUCUUAUCUACUGGACUCCACAUAUAACCUACUUUGGGGCUAGUUUCCAAAAGAAGAAAGUGUGAUAAUUAGAAGUUGACACCAAGUAUUUUAGUUUUUGUUUUAGACGUUCGUUUAAUAUGGCAGCCUAUAAAAGGAUAAUCAUGAAAAAUUAGUCUCUUGAAAAAAAUUUUUAAAUACAAUAUAUAAGGCUGUAACUGGCAGGCCUUUGUCAACUUAUUUUUAUGCUUAAACUACAGAUUUUGUUAUGCAUUCUGUGUUAGUAUUUAAUUCAGCACUAUUUACUCAGAGCAGUGCAGGAAUAGAUUUCACAUACUGUAAAGCAGCAAAAGGUGUCAACCAAACCCCAAUGCCAUGUGAAGAAGACUGGUUUGCUGCAUUCUGACUUUUCAGCUUAUCUGUAGAAAUGGUUUCAGAGGACCCAGUUUAAUACUAUCUUGUGUGUUCCGCUUUUUGCAACAAAAGUUUCAUUUGAUGCUAGCUAAGACAUAAAAAUCUUGACUCACAGUUGAGAGAAUCUUAUGGCCUUAGUUGUUACUUCAUCACAUACGUUUAUUUAAUGGUAGAGGAAAAUUAUAUCUAUAUCAGAAUACAACUUGUCUUCAUGGAAUACACUGUACUUCAGAUGGGAUUGUAAAGCUGGGUGUAUAAAUCUGUAUGAUCCAUUAAAACUAUGAGAAACUA